UGCGCAGCAGACGUGCUUUGCUCUUCAAAAACUCAAAAAGUCUUGACUUUUUUUGUCUUUGAGUGAAAUAAAUUUCAUUUGUUUACCGCAAAGUAUUAACAAAAGUGAAGUGCACAAGCAUAAUAAAGACAAAAAAAAAGAUGCAGCUGCAAUUAAAACAUUUACUCAGCCUUUGCCUGCUGGCCGUAUCCGGCUACGGCAUCGAUGCCUAUCGCAUUCUGUUCCUGUGUCCUUUCCCAGCGCCAAGUCAUUGGCUCUGGCUGGAGCACUUUCAGCGCGAUUUGCUGCGACGUGGCCACGAGGUCACCAGCAUACACAAUCACCCCACCAAGAAGCCACACGAGAACCUGACUGAAAUUAUACUCAAUCCCACCUUUGAUAUACCCAAGCAUUUUCCCAAGGAGAACAUCUUUAGCAUGCGCUACAAUGGCGAAAUACACAACAUGCAAUCGUAUUGGAAAAUUGGCUUGAUGACCACGGAGCAUGCGCUGCAGGAUGUGCAGCUGAGGCAGCUGAUCCACAGCACUGAUGAGCACUACGAUUUGGUCAUCAUGGAGCAGUUUUUCCACGAGGCAAUGCUCAUGUUUGGUCACAAGUUUAAUGCGCCGGUGGCCACCAUUGGCACCUUGGGCUAUGCCGACAAUAUGCAUCACUCGAUGGGACUGCUGACGCCCUGGUCCUUUGUGCCCAAUCUGCUGCUGCCGCAUACGGACCAAAUGAGCUUCAGCCAGCGUGCCUACAAUUUGUACUUGGGUCUCUACGAUGCGGUCAUGAGGCGCUGGUACUAUAUGCCGCGCAUGCAGCAGCUGGCGGAGAAGUACUUUGGCACAGCUAUCAAAGGUCCUUUGCCCAAUGUGCAGCAGCUGGAGCGAAAUAUCUCCUUGAUGCUGCUCAACAGUCAUCGCGGUGUGGAUGUGCCACGCCCCAGCAUGCCAGGACUCAUUAAUGUGGGCGGCGCGCAUAUACAGCCCGCCAAGAAACUGCCAGAGGAGAUGCAAGGCUUCCUGGACAAUGCCACACACGGCGCUGUCUACUUCAGCCUGGGCUCCUACAUGAAGAGCACGGACAUGCCGCCGGAGAAACUGGCGCAGCUGCUGCAGGCCUUUGGCAGGCUGAAGCAGCUGGUGCUGUGGAAAUACGAGAACGCAACGCUGGGCCAGCUGCCGCCCAAUGUGAUGAUCAGCAAGUGGCUGCCACAGAACGACAUAUUGGCGCAUCCGAAUGUCAAGGUAUUCAUCACGCACGGCGGCAUGUUUAGCACGCAGGAGGGCAUACAUUGGGGGGUGCCUAUGCUGUUCAUACCGCUGUUUGGGGAUCAGCAUCGCAAUGCGAUUCGCUCGGUGCGUGGCGGCAAUGCGCGUUUGUUGAGCUACUCAAAGCUGAACGCGGACCAGUUGGUGGAGCAUCUGGAGGCGCUGAUCUAUGAGCCGCAGUACAAGCGCAAUGCGCUGGAAAUGUCGCAGCGGUUCCGCGACAAUGCCAUACAUCCGCUAGAGGAGGCCAGCUAUUGGCUGGAGUAUAUAGUGAAGCAUCGCGGUGCAGCGCAUCUGAAAUCUCAUGGCGCCUUCAUGCCACUCUAUCAGUAUUUGAUGCUGGACGUCUUGGGCUGUGUGCUGCUGGCGCUGGCGCUUGUCUGGUAUCUGCUGGGCAAGCUGUACAGAUGGUGGAUAGCUGGAGUUGCUGCUGCGGCGAGUGCGAGCUCGCAGGCGAGGCAGGUCAAGAAACAGUUGUAAAAUUUUGUUGUUUUUGGCUUGCCCGCAAAUUGUUUCAUUGUUCUUCUAGUUUAUAAGUGCUGCCAAAGUCAACGCAAAUAAAUUAUGAUUUCAUUUUAGAGCUUA